GAAAAACCAAACCGGAAGUAGCCGAUAAGGGCCAAAGAGGUGGGGACAGGAAGAGGGAAGCUUGAAGACAACUACAGCGAAGUUACUGCAUUGGGUCAUAUUUAAUCGAGUUCUGCCUUCUUGGAGAGAUGACUCUGCAAUGGACCGCCGUGGCUCUUUUCCUCUAUGCGGAAAUUGGCGUCAUUCUCAUUCUCUGCUUACCUUUCAUCUCAGCGAGGAGGUGGCAGCGCAUUUUCCAGUUCAGGAUCUGGAGUUGGAUGGCAAAUUUCUGGAACAAAGUGUUUCUCACCAUGAUCAUAAUACUCAUCAUUCUCUUUCUUGAUGCGGUGCGGGAAGUGAGGAAGUACUCCAGUAGAGACCUCGGGGUGGACGCCAAGCUGCAGCCCAACAUGUUUGACCACAUGCACAUGAAGCUCUUCAGGGCCCAAAGGAACCUCUACAUUUCUGGCUUCUCCGUCUUCCUCUGGCUUGUGAUGAAGCGACUGAUCACUUUAAUCAACCAGCUGGCCUCUGAGUCUGCAACAACAGCUGCUCUUCAAGAACAGGCAGCCAAUGCUAACCAGACAGCUGAGAAAUAUCUGAAGGAAAAUGAGCUGCUCAAACAGACUCUGAUGGACGGAAAGAGCGAUAAGGCAACAGAAGAUGGCGUGAAGCUGCUGCGAGCAGAAAUGGAGAAGCUGAAGAAAGAAUUAAAGACUUCCGAGGACGCCCUGGAGAAGUCCCACAAAGGGGCAGACGCAGUGAAAAGGCAGAUGGACGGCCUCGCCAGAGAGUACGACCGGCUGUUGAAGGAACACCAGGAGCUCCAGAACCUUCAUGAAAGUGGAGACAAAAAAGAAGACUAAUUUUUUAAAGUCUCUAUCUCUGCCUCGCAGGGAUCAGUGCAAAAACAGAACCUGAGCUACAGAAGAGAUCGUUUAUAUGGAGAAAAAAAAUGUUUCUUUUUUUUUCUUUCUUGGUUGCAAAUGCUUUUAAAGUUUGCAUUUUUAGAAUUGCUGCUUUUACAGAAAUCUUUUUCUCACAUUUCUGUUGUUUCAGCAAAUAUUCUUCACAUCUGAACCCAACCAGAGGAUGGUUAUAGUUUGGGAUUUCACGAUUUUAGGCAGUAAUUAUAGUAUAAAUGUUGGUAAACAUCAUUAGAUUCAAUAAUAUCUGUUCUAAAAUCAAGAAAACACUUUGUUUUCAUGUUGCAGUGGAUUUAUUAAAAAAAGAUUCUGAUGUUUAUCUGCUGCACUGCAUUGAAAGGGCUUAUAAUGCUCCCGUGUUUCAUGUUUACGUUUGAAACAGAAGUUGUUUUAUUUUAAAUGUGUUUCUAUUUGCCAGAUUAAGCAUUCUCAGCAUUUGGUGGAAAGACUGGGAGACUGUAAUCACACGUUUAAGAGACUUCCCAGUUCUGCAUGUCAGUGAUUCUUCUUUGGGUUUGCUGCACAAACUGUAAAAAAAAAAAAAAAAUUCUGUUCAUAUUGCACAUGCGUAUUUCCGUUGUCCAAAGAAAUCUGACUGAUGUGCCUUUUAGCUUAUAAAAAUAGAAUAAAAAUAGUUUGGUUAU